UUCCGGUUUCUUCCUGCCUCGGCCACCAUAGCCAAAGAGCUAAAAUAUACUCCAGACAUGGAGAGACAACAUAUCAGUGUGACGAGGACUCCUCUCAACAAUGUUGUGGUCCAGAGGAGAAGCAAAAGUAAGAGCUACCGUCUGUCAUACCGCAGCUGCUUGGGUGCUACGUCACGUCUCGGUUUAACUCCAGCACUGACAGCACGGAGGCUCAACACCAGCAGAAGAGCUCCAAAGUCCCACAACAUCACUGAGAAGGUGAAUUUGGAGCAGCUGGCCUUGCUGGUGAAAACGGAGUGGCAGCUGUCGUACGUCACUCCUCUCUAUCAGUUCAGACACACACAGCUGAAGAGCUACUCCAGGCAGCUCUCAGCAUUCAUUGCUGCAGAGAAGCAGCGAGGUCUGGCAGUGGAGGUGGAGGGACCGCAGAAACCCUUCAGAGUCUCCUUCUCUCUGGUGCAGGGGAUGGCCCAGUCUGAUGAUGAUGCAGAGACUGUCCUCAUACAGAUUCACUCAAAGUCUCCGUUCGCCAAGCAGGACGAGCCCCAGAAGCCAGUGUGGAGCGGCUGGCUCACCUGCAUCAACGGCAACCCCGAUUACCUGCGCUCACUUCCAAAGGACUUCAUCUGCCUGCCGCUCUUCGGCAGCAGCGGGGCCGAGGGUUUUACUACUUUGGUCAAAUCGUGGCUCCAGCAGUCCUUUGACUGCUGCUUCGGCCCGCUGGAGAUCAGCCACACGAGCCUCCAGUGGCUGAUGGCGUUGUGGACGAACUGCCACAAGGAGUCCAGCUUACAGCACCUCAAAAUGAUCUGGACUCUUCCAGUUGUGCCACCGCUGCAGGUCAGCUACACAGUCGGACCUGAAGACGCCUGGGAGCUGUGGAGGAGUGUGAGGAAGGAGAUGGAGAAUAAAGGAGGAGAGGAGGCAGAGGAGGAAAAUAGUAUUGAUAUUGAGGAGGUGAUGAGGUUCAUGCAGGGGCUGAAGAGCCACUUCUACAGACACUUCAGGCUGGAUCUGUCAGCGGGCAGCCUCAACCAGGUCUCCACAGCACUGGGCUCAGCCAAGAACAGCGGCAGGAUCAAGAUCUCCAACAGCAAGUACAUGAUCACCACCAUGACGCUACUGACAGAGUGCGCGCUCCUCAAAAUGCCCAUCUGAGAGACAGAAUGAAGACUGAACUCUCAGAACGUGCAGAAGAAACACUGCAAAGACAAAACAGUUACUUCAAGGUAAGGCUGGAAAUGCAGCGUAAUUUUAGUGCAGAUUUUUGUUUUAAAUCUCUUUUUAAAACAUGAAAUGGAGAGGCUUUUUUUAUUGCCAUAUUCUCUUCAAUUAUAGCACUAGUGAGUCAUAUUUUGGCUAUUUUUUCUCCUCCUUUCAUGCAUCUAAAGAGCAAAUAAAUACAGAAAAUGGUCCAGCUGUAAUUAUGAGUAUUGAGGAAACAGUCAGUUGUGCUGACAAACAUGCAUCUGUUCCACCUCUUUUUGUAAAUACUUUACAAUGCAUAUUUUUGUCAUUUAUAGUUGAUGAUGAAAAACCCUUCAAACAAUGAACAAUGUUUUUUGUAUUUUCACAAGAUGAAAACAAAACAGUGUGUUUGUACCCAAAUUAGCUUUAUACUGUUGUAGAGUUCUCAGUUCUGAAAUCAACCAUGAUGAUAAUAAUUUUUAAAUUCU